CUGGCCACAGAAGCGGUAAAAAAACACCACCAGGAACAAAGUUGUGACUCGCGGCUGACUCCCCUACACAUUCCACGUUUUUCACGCACUUCAACAAUCUUUCACAUUUUCAAACAGGACAUAUCGUCGCGUGGGUACAAGACUACGACGGUUGGAUUUUACCUCGACCACGAAAAAAAGAAAAGUCCGACUAAGACUUUUCCUCGCAUUUUGUGGAUUCUCGCACUGGACCUAUGUUGGGAGUUUUCUCAUGAAUUUUCUCAGGAGAGAGUACGUUGUACCUUGAAAGUCUGAAGCUUUUCUUUAACGUAAUCUACUUUUAAGGUUUCCAUGAUUCGGUUUGUCACUUUGAGGCUCUAUUCGGACGGUUUGGACUUGUUUUUUGAGGCGGCGCACGUCUCCCUUAAUUCCUCCCGCUGACAGCAGAGGUGCAGCGUUGCCUUGAACAAGCAAAGCCACGCUCGCCGGGCUUGAUUUGCAACCAUGGCAUCACUCGGCGACUUUGCGGAAGGCGGUGCCAACGAGGAGUUCAGUGACAUCAUCAAGUCGCGAUCAGAUGAACAUGAUUUGGUGCAGAAGAAAACAUUCACCAAGUGGAUAAAUGCACAAUUCUCAAAGGAGGGUAAAACGGCCAUCAAGGACAUGUUCUCCGACCUGAGGGAUGGGAGGAAGCUGCUUGACCUGUUGGAGGGCCUCACUGGCCAUGUCCUGACCAAAGAACGAGGCUCCACCAGAGUACACGCGCUCAACAACGUCAACAAAGUGCUUCAAGUUCUGCAUCAGAACAAUGUGGAUCUGGUGAAUAUUGGCGGAACCGACAUUGUUGAUGGGAACCACAAGCUCACUUUGGGACUCAUCUGGAGCAUUAUUCUUCACUGGCAGGUGAAAGACAUCAUGAAGGAUGUCAUGUCCAGCCUGCAGCAGACCAACAGUGAGAAGAUCUUGCUGAGCUGGGUACGCCAGUCCACCCGCGCUUACCCGGAGGUCAACGUGCUGAACUUCACCACCAGCUGGGCCGACGGUCUGGCUCUUAACGCCAUCCUGCAUCACUUCAGGCCAAAUGCAUUCAGUUGGGAUGGUGUUGUCCAAAUGAGGCCUGUUGAGCGUCUGGAGCAUGCCUUCACUGUAGCAAAAGACCAGCUGGCUAUCGAAAGGCUACUGGAUCCUGAAGACGUGGCUGUGCAGUUGCCAGAUAAGAAAUCCAUCCUCCUGUAUGUGACAUCGCUGUUCGCGGCGCUACCCAAAGAUGUCAACAUGGAGUCCAUCCGAGAAGUGGAGGCGCUGCCGCGCAGAUUCAAAGUGGAGACUGAAGAUUCAUGUCCAGGGCUCGGUGCACAGCUGAAGGACUCUGGCAGCAACCCCCGGCCAGAGACCCCUGACGCCCUGUCGGAGCUCGAAGGGGAGAUGGAGGGCGGCAUGCUGGAAGCCGACUUAGACACCUACCAGACCACCCUGGAGGAGGUCCUGACCUGGCUGCUGUCAGCCGAGGACACCCUGCAGAUCCAGGACGAGGUGUUGGAUGAUGUGGAGGGUGUCAAAGAGCAAUUUCACACGCACGAGGACUUCAUGAUGGAGCUGACGGCUCACCAGAGCAGCGUGGGCAACGUCCUGCAAGCCGGCAAUCAACUCAUCGCCCAGGGCAGCCUGUCAGAAGAGGUGGAAGAUGAAAUACGGGAGCAGAUGAGCCUGCUGAAUUCCCGCUGGGAGAGCCUACGCGUGGCCAGCAUGGACCGCCAAGCCAGGCUCCACGAAGUCCUGAUGGAGCUCCAACAGCAGCAACUCCAGCAGCUUUCUGAUUGGCUGACUCGCACAGAAGACCGCAUCAGAAAGAUCGAGACCGAGUCGCCGGCAAAAGACAUUGACGACUAUAAGCAACGAAUCGAGCAGCAUAAAGAGCUUCAGAAUGACCUGGAGGCUGAGCAGGUGAAGGUCAACUCCUUAACGCACAUGGUGGUGGUUGUGGAUGAGAACAGUGGCGAGAGCGCCACUGCCCUCCUGGAAGAGCAGCUCCAAUCUUUGGGUGAACGCUGGGCAGCCGUUUGUCGCUGGACAGAGGAGAGGUGGCACAAGUUACAGGAAGUCUUCCUGGUGUGGCAGCAGCUGGUGUCGGAUCAGAGUUUAUUUAGAGGAUGGUUGGAAGAAAAAGAAGAGGCCUUGAGUGAAGUGCAGCGAAGCAGUUUUAAGAAUCCAAACGAAAUCAACGCAAAAGCGCGGCAAUUAGCUAUUCUCAAGGAGGAUAUGGAAAAGAAGAAGAGGACCCUCGACCAACUUUCCGACGCGGGCCGGGAUGUGAUGUCGUUAAUACGGAGCGGCGAGGCCGCCGCUACCAUUGAGGCGGACGCUGAAGAUUUGGCCCAUCGAUGGGACAAGCUGGUGCAAAGGCUGGAGGACUGCUCCUUCCAGGUGAUGGAAGCUGUGACUGACGCGGGGAUGACUCAGGUAGAUGAAGCGGUCGUCAUGACGACAAUCGCCGCCGGUGAUUCGGCCACCGACCAGGAACUCGCCCCUCCUGCUCCUCCCAAGAAACGACUGGUGGAGACGGACAUAGAAGUCAGGAGGGCGUUUGAAAAUAAACUUUCCGACCAUCUGAGCUGGAUCAAAAAUUGGAAGGCGGCCGCGCAAACGAUAUCCUCCGCGCAACCGGACACGGCAACCGAUGUGCAGGAUGUGCAGGAAAAACUCAAGGCUCAUGAGGUGGAACUCCAAGCAAAGGAGGCUGCCAUCGGUCAAGUGAUCCAAGAAGGUCAAGGAUUGAUGGAGCAAUUGGAGAGAGAGGGCGUGCAAAUGGACUCCGUGCGGGCGGACGUCGAUUUGAUCCAGACCGAAUUGGAUGCGUGCGCGAAGGAGCUGCAGGCGGCCCGCGACAGAGUGGACGCCCAGACUCGGUUAAAGGCGCUGUUGGCCGAGCUCGCAGGACUAGAUCGGGCCUUGGAUGAACUGGAUGGAUGGCUGGACUCCACUUCCGCCGUCGAAAAGUGUGACAGCGACCAACUCAGGAGCCUGGGUGAAGAAUGUCAGUCCCGACUGGUCCCUCUCAGUGCAUUGGGUACACAGUUAGAACAGAUUUGUGCAGAUGUGGAGUCGCUGCCUUCUUUAAAAGACAAGACCGUGGGGGUGUCGGCACAUCACGCCUCCACUUUAAAGCGACUCGAGGGCAAACAGCAGGAGGCCAGCCAAGUUCUGGAGGCCAUCAAGGCUGGAUCUCUUCUGGUGGAGGGGCUGGAGACCAGGCUGGCCGCACUGAGACGAGGAGUCAGCAACGUUGCAACCGCGGAGGCGGCGGUGCAGCGAGCACAGGGUUUGUGUCUGGAUAUUGAACAAACGCAGAAAGCCUCCCAUCCCGCCGAACAGCAAAGAUGGACUCAGCUGUCCACCAAGGCCCGGGAGGAGUUGGCAACACUUAAGUGCAUCCUGGGAAGCAUGAAGGAUAAUCAGGUGCGGAUGGCGGAGGUUGAACGCUGGUUGGGGGCGGUUCAGGAGCUUUUGUCCCGAGAUGCAACAAGGUCGACUGACACGCACAGCUUACAGGAAGAAUUGAGUCACUGCAAGGAUUAUGUGAACGAGAUGGAGUCCGUGCAGAGUGCGUUGAAGCAAAUGGACGAAAACGUUAGCGCCGUGCAGGCGGCUGCGGUGCCGGGGCUGGCCAAGUGGGGGCAGCAUACGGUGGGAGAGUUCAGAAGUCGAUUAGAAUCACUUUCGAAACAGUUGCUGAGCCAGCAGGAUCGUUUAUUAGAAAGUCAGGAGAAGCAGGGGAACCUGAAGAAAGACUUGGCGGAGAUGCAGGAGUGGAUCACUCAAGUGGAUGAGGAGUUUUUAAUGAGGGACUUUGAGUAUAUGAGUCCAGAGGAGCUCGAGACGGCGCUGGAUGAAAUGAAGAGGGCUAAAGAGGACGUGCUACAGAAGGAGGUGAAAGUGAAGAUCCUGAAAGACAGCAUCAACAUGUUGGUAUCCAAGACGGCACCCCUUGGUGGUGUUGGAGCCGGAGGAAGUGGUGGGCAGGGUCUGACGGCACAACUGGAGGGCGUUCUGGGGAACUACAAGAAGCUCUGCGACCGCCUCAAGAGCAAGUGCCACACCCUGGAGGAGGUGUGGUCGUGUUGGAUGGAGCUGAUGCAGUUCUUGGACACUGAGCAAACCUGGCUCAACACCUUGGAGGAGAAGGUCCAAGCCACGGAAAGUCUACCAGAGAGCACAGAGGUGGUUCAUGAAGCACUCGAGAGUUUAGAGGGCGUGCUCCGUCAUCCGGCGGACAACCGGACGCAAAUCCGAGAGCUUGGUCAGACGCUGAUCGAUGGCGGCAUCCUGGAUGAGCUCAUCGGUGAGAAACUCCAGGCCUUCAAUUCCCGCUUUGAGCAACUAAACCAACAGGCUGUCAACAGACAGACGGGCCUGGAGCAGCAGCUCGCCACACUGAAGGAGAAUGAUGAGGCACUCCAAACCCUCCAGGAGUCUCUUUCUCAACUGGACCGCACACUCACGUCCUACCUGACCGACCGCAUCGACGCCUUCCAGCUUCCGCACGAGGCACAGGACAUUGGUGCUGAAAUUGCGACCCAUGAAGUGACGGUGGAGGAGAUGAGAAGGAGGAACGUGGCCAACUUGCCGCCACCGGUCACGGAUGGCAAAGCUGUUAAAGGUGGCACCAUGCUGGAUCAGCUUCAGAGAAAAUUACGAGAGAUAUCCACAAAGUACCAGCUGUUCCAGAAGCCUGCUAACUUUGAGCAGCGCAUGUUGGACUGCAAGAAGGUUCUCGACGGAGCCAAGGCCGAGCUGCACGUUCUGGAUGUCAGGGAUUUGGAACCGGAGAAGAUCCAGUCCCAUCUCAACGGCUGCAUGAAACUGUACAAGCUGCUGAGCGAGGUGAAACUGGAGGUGGAGACGGUGAUAAAAACGGGUCGGCAGAUUGUGCAGAAACAGCAGACGGAGAACCCCAAGGCCAUGGACGAGCAGCUGACCGCUCUCAAACUGCUUUACAAUGACCUGGGUGCGCAGGUAACAGAGGGCAAGCAAGACUUGGAAAAAGCCUUGUCUCUGUCGCAGAAGUUCCACAAGGAAAGCGCCGCCCUCCAAGAGUGGCUGACCACCAGCGAGGCUGCACUCCAGCAGAAGAACAACAGCGGCGACAUGCCGGCAGACAUCGAUGCUGAGAUUGGCUGGGCAAAUGGCCUUUUGAAGGAAUCCGAACGCCGCCAGCAGGAGCUGUCCAGUUUGACGGAGACCAGCAGCGGGCUGCAGACGCUGGUGGAGGGCAGCGAGACACAACUGGAGGACAAACUCUGCAGCCUGAACGAGUCCUGGAACCAAGUCCACACGUGGAUCGAGGACUGGCUCAGUGCUGUGCUGAGCCACCAGAGCGAAGUGGAAAUCCUUGACGAGAACCUGGCUCACAUCAGCACGUGGCUCUACCAGACUCAGAUCCACCUGGACGAGGCGGAACGGCUAGAGUUGGCCGAGCGGGAGAAGGUUGUCAAGAACAUGUUGGAGGAAUUGGAGGAUGUCGGGAUGCGCGUGGACAACGUGAGGGACCAGGCUGUCAUCCUGAUGACCAGCCGGGGAAGUGCCUGCCGAGACGUGGUGGAGCCCAAACUGGCUGAGCUCAACUGCAACUUUGACAAAGUCUCGCAGCACAUCAAAACUGCUCAGAUGAUGACCAGUUUGGAGUCGGGAUGCGUGGACAUAAAGCAGGAAGCACCUCAGCAGCACGUGCUUCAGAACCUGGAGACCUCGGUGGAAACUCAGACUGAAGCUCCGUUCCCCAGCGAGAUGCAGGAAUUCCAGGCCGAGCUGCAGGACACACUCAGUGCUCUGCAGCAGGACUCUACAAACUUCCCAGACGAUGACAAGCUGGAUGAGGAAAAAGCCAGUGUCGAAAACCUGCUGAGACGAGGAGAAGAUCUGCUUCAGCAAACGUCAGACGAGGUCCAGAGAGAAGAACUGAGGAUCUUGCUGCUCCGACUCCAGAACCAGUACUCUUCACACAGGGAGCUCAGGGUGCUGAGAAGCAGGCAGCUCGUCGUCGAUUCGUCUUCCCACAUGAUCACCCAGCAGAUAAGAGACAUGCCACCCCAGGACGUCCAGUUGGUGGCGGACCGCGGCCGCAUUUCCUCGCAGAGCCCAUCAAGCUUCCUGCUAGACAUCAACAAAGUGCUGUUGGCCAUGGCCGACAACGAGCUGCUGCUCAACUCCUCUGAGCUCAGCGGGGGGCUCUACGAAGACUUCUCCAGCCAGGAGGACACGCUCAGGACCAUCAACGAAAAUCUGGAGCGGGUGGGCGAGCGUGUGGCCGAAAUCCACAAGCACCACCCGGACGUCAUCCAGCAUGCGUCGCCCGCUGAGGUCUCCCAGAUUGAAGAUUCGCUCACGCAACUCAACGCCGAGUGGGACCGCCUCAACCGCAUGUACAACCAGCGUAAAGGGAGCUUUGACCGCGCCAUCGAGGAGUGGAGGCACUUCCACUGCGACAUGAAUGACCUGAGCCAGUGGCUGACCGACACGGAGAGACUGCUGUCCGACAGCGUUGGUCCCGAGGGACAGUUGGACCUGGACUCAGCACGGCGCCACCAAGAGGAAUUAGAGGAAGGACUUGUCAGCCACCAGGCUGUCCUGGCCGGUCUCACCCGCACAGGAGAGCGCAUCAUCAGCCAGCUGUCCUCCCCUGACGGCACUCUGCUGGAAGAGAAGCUCCACAUCCUGAGGCAGCGAUGGAGGGCUGCGAAGCGCCAGGUCGCGGACCGACAGUGCAGGCUGACUGCCGGCGAUGCUGCCCUGGGGGACCUGAUGAGGCGAAGCGAGGAUUUGGCUUCAUGGUUGCAGCAGGCCGAGAAUGUUUUUGUCACUCUUCCCAUCUCCUCCACCGACCAGAACCUCAAAGAACUCAAAGCCUUAGCCAUGGAGAUGGAUGUGCAGAAUGAACACCUGGUCUGGCUCAACAAACAUGCCCCGCAGAUCCUAGCCAGUCCCGCCGUAAACCCGCAGACCAGAGACCACCACGUGAGCAACCUCAGAGCCAUCAACCUCAACUGGAGCAAGGUAACCCACGAGUUGUUAGACAAGGUCGGGCAGGUGGAGGCCAACCUGAAGAGUCACGCCCACUUCCGUGACAAGAUGACCCGGCUCACCGACUGGGUAGUCAUCACGCACCAGACCAUCACAAAUCGAGGCCUCAGUCCCGGCCAAGCGCAGGCUUUGGAAGUCUCCAUGAAAGACAGAAAGAAGGACUUGGAGGACCUUCUGGCCCACUCUAUUGAGCUUCAGAGACGCCAGCAGUUUUCUCCUCAUGAAAAGAGCAAGGUGGAGCAGCUGGCGGCCGAUUGGAAAGUUCUGGAUGGUCGACUGAGGGAGUCUCUGCAGGCGCACGUCUCCCCGUGGACGCUGCACCACACUCGGGUUGUAGAGCACCAGCAACUUGUCACAGUGUCUUCAGUGCCCUCAGCUGUCCAGAUGGCCAGCCUGGCGAGCGAGGACCCCUAUCACCAGACCCCACACACGCCCGACUUGGUGGCUCCCACCGACCUCAAUGAAACAGCCACCGAGCUGGCGGACUGGCUGGUCCUCAUCACACAAAUGCUCAAGUCUAACAUCGUCACGGUGGGCGACACCGAAGAGAUCAGGACCACCAUGGCGCGCCUUCAGGUGACCAAAAGCGACCUGGAGCAUCGUCAUCCUCAGCUUGAGGACAUUUUCACCCUUGCACAGAACAUCAAAAACAAGACAUCCAACCUGGAUGUGCGCACGUCCAUCACGGAAAAACUGGAGAGAGUGCGCAACCAGUGGGACAACACGCAGCACGGCGUGGUGGCGCGACUCCAGCAGCUGGACAACAUGAUUGGCCACAGUGACCAGUGGGAGAGUCAGCGGCGGGAAGUGCAGGCUCUCAUCGGACACAAGGAAGGAUGGUUCCAUAACAUGCUGCAGCAGUCCCGGGAGUCCAGAGACCCCCUGACCAUUCAGCUGGCUGACAACAAGGCUUUUUUGCUCGAGUUGAGUCGAGGCCAAGCUGCGGUGGCGGCUUUCAAUGAGCUGUCCGGUCAUCUUCUGCGCGAGUACUCCACCGACGACACCCGGCGGGUGAAAGAAGUCACUGAUGCGCAUAAUGCCGCCUGGAACAACCUCAACAACAGGGCCAAUGACCGCCACGGGCAGCUGGACGACGAACUGAAAGGCCUGCAGGUGUCCCUCAGGGAGCUGGAAGCCUUCCUCAAGUGGCUCCAGGAGGCCGAGACCACCGUCAACGUGCUGGCCGAUGCCUCCCACAGGGAGGACUUGUCACAGGACUCCGUCCGCGUCAAAGAGCUCAGACGGCAGCUGGAGGACAUCCAGGCUGAGAUCGACGCCCACAAUGACAUCUACAAGAGCGUGGAUGGCAACAAGUCCAAAAUGGUCAAGGCUCUGGGAAGCUCCGAGGAGGCCGUGUUCCUUCAACACAGGCUAGAUGACAUGAACCAACGCUGGAGCGACCUCAAGGCCAAAUCGGUCAACAUUCGAGCCCACCUGGAAGCCAGUGCCGAGCGCUGGUCUCGUCUGCUGGGCCUUCUGGAGGAGCUCUGGAGGUGGAUCUGCAUGCAGGACGAGGAGCUCGCCAAGCAGAUGCCUGUCGGUGGAGACGUGCCCACCCUGCUGCAGCAGCAGAACCACUGCACGAUGCUGCAGUCGGAACUGAAAGAACGCGAGCAGCUGGUGAUAAGCACAUUGGAGCAAGCUCGCAUGUUUCUGGCAGAGCAGCCCAUUGAAGGUCCGGGAGAACCACGCAAGAACCUGCAGCCCAAGACAGACCUCAGCCCGGAGCAAAAGGCCCGCGGCCUGGCUCGGGCCAUUCGCAAGCAGACGGGCGAGGUGAGGGAGCGCUGGGAGCGUCUGAGGGGCCACGCGGGAGGCUGGCAGAAUCAGGUGGCGCAAGCCCUGGAGCGAUUGCAGGAGCUCCAGAGCUCCAUGGACCAACUGGAUCUGCGGCUGACUCGGGCCGAGGACGCCAAGUCCGGUUGGCAGCCUGUGGGCGACCUGCUCAUCGACUCCCUGCAGGACCACAUCGAUCAGACUCUGGUGUUCCGGGAGGAAAUCAGCCCGCUGCGUCAGGAUGUCCAGAUAGUAAAUGAGCUUUCUGCAGAGCUGACUCCGCUGGACAUCCAGCUGUCCUCCACUGCCUCCAGGCAGCUGGACCAGCUCAACAUGAGGUGGAAGCUACUCCAGGUGGCAGUGGAGGACAGACUGAAGCUCCUCCAGGAAGCCCACCGAGACUUUGGCCCCUCCUCUCAGCAUUUCUUAUCCACUUCUGUGCAGCUCCCCUGGCAGCGGGCCGUGUCUCAAAAUAAAGUUCCAUAUUAUAUCAACCAUCAGACACAAACGACCUGCUGGGACCAUCCCAAGAUGACGGAGCUCUACCAGUCGCUAGCGGACUUGAACAACGUGAGAUUCUCGGCAUACCGCACCGCCAUGAAGAUUCGCCGUCUGCAGAAAGCUCUGUGCUUGGACCUUCUGGACCUGAACGUGGCCCAGAACACUUUUGCGCAGCACAAGCUGACCAACAACAACCAGUUGAUGUCCGUCCCGGACGUCAUCAACUGCCUGACGACCAUCUACGACGGCCUGGAGCAGGAGCACAAAGACCUGGUUAACGUGCCCCUCUGCGUCGACAUGUGUCUCAACUGGCUGCUCAAUGUCUACGACACCGGUCGGAGCGGGAAGAUCCGUGUCAUGUCAAUGAAGAUCGCCUUGCUGUCUCUCUGCAAGGGCCACCUCGAGGAGAAAUACAAAUAUCUCUUCAGUCAGGCGGCGUCAGCGGGAGAAACAUGUGACCAGCGGCAGCUGGGCCUCCUGCUUCACGAGGCCAUCCAGAUCCCCAAGCAGCUCGGAGAGGUGGCUGCCUUCGGAGGCUCCAACAUCGAGCCCAGCGUGCGCAGCUGCUUCCAGCACGCGACCAAUAAGGUGGAACUGGAGCCCAGGCAGUUUGUGGACUGGAUGCAUAUGGAACCUCAGUCCAUGGUGUGGCUCCCCGUCCUGCACCGAGUGGCGGCCGCCGAGACGGCCAAGCAUCAGGCCAAAUGCAACAUCUGCAAAGAGUGUCCCAUUGUGGGCUUCAGGUAUCGCAGCCUGAAGCAUUUCAACUACGACGUGUGUCAGAGCUGCUUCUUCUCCGGGCGCACCGCCAAGGGCCACAAGCUCAAUUAUCCCAUGGUGGAGUACUGCACGCCGACGACAUCAGGCGAGGACAUGCGAGAUUUUACCAAAGUGCUGAAGAACAAAUUCCGCUCCAAGAAAUACUUUGCCAAGCACCCUCGACUGGGGUACUUACCGGUCCAGACCGUCCUCGAGGGCGACAAUAUGGAAAGUCCCAUCACCCUCAUCAGCAUGUGUCCGGAGCAGUACGAGCUGUCCCAGUCACCUCACUUAUCCCAUGAUGACACCCAUUCCAGGAUAGAGCAGUACGCCAGCAGGUUGGCACAGAUGGAGAGGUCCAACGGAUCGCUGCCUACAGACAGCAGCUCGGCUACAGGAAGCAUGGACGAUGAGCACGCACUCAUCCUUCAGUACUGCCAGACGCUCGGAGGCGAAGGCUCGCCCCGCAGCCAGCCUCAGAGCCCCGUGCAGAUCCUUCAGGCCGUGGAGAGGGAGGAGCGCGGCGAGCUGGAGCGGGUCAUCCAUCGCCUGGAGGAAGAGCAAAGGAGCCUCCAGAGGGAGUACGAGCAGCUGAAGGAGCAGCAGCGAGGGGGCCCCGGCGGAAGCCCGUGGGAGCCGCAGAGCCCCAUGUCGGCGGCUCAUCCCGACGAAGCCGACCUCCUGGCCGAGGCGAAGCUUUUGCGGCAGCACAAGGGCCGCCUGGAGGCCCGCAUGCACAUCCUGGAGGACCACAACAAGCAGCUGGAGUCGCAGCUCCAUCGUCUCAGGCAACUGCUGCACCAGCCGGCGGUGGACUUGAGGGUCAAUGGACUUUCAUCUUCUCCCGCCGCGCAAGAUGGAGAACCACUUCCCGAGAACUCAGAUGAGCUGCUGGAGCCUCACAACAGCAGCUCUGAUCUGGCUGAUGUCAUGGAGCAGAUUAACAACUCCUUCCCUGCAUGCAGUCCAACAAGCCACUCGUCCAGACCACAGGUGUUGUGACCAUAUUACAUGACCCACAAAGAAGCCUCCCCACCCCGGGACCAGACAGCUUAACCACUUCAUCAAUCCUUGUCGUCCUUGUCUACUAUGCAAAGUGCAGAACGUCUCCAACUGUACGUCAUAUCCGCUUUUAGCCCUCAAUAUGGGCCCCAACCUUUGUAUUAUGAAAACCACCCCUUUUGAUGCGGUUCACUCGGAAACGAUUUGUUACUUUUCCUUUCUCAUUCUUCUGGGCUUUGAUCCUCUCAAACUCACUUUUGGGAGUGGACACACUUGCUCAUUCAAAAGCUUGUGUGAGGACCUUCAAAGUUAAUUUGUUUUGCAGAGUUACUUUUAAAAUACAAAGGAGUAUUAGGGCCAUACUGAUACAGAAGAAAAAAAAGAUACCGGUACCACCAGAAUUAAGUUAAAAUAUCACAAACAUAAAGUCGGAAUUUUGUGAGGAUAAGAUGUUUAGAUUUUAUGAAAGUAUAUUAUUAUUUUUUAAACAAUAUUUCAACUUUUUUUCUUGCAACUUUUUGACUACAAGAUUACAACUAAUUUAUUCCGUUGUGUUUUUAUUUUUAACAAAUAUCUUACUGUCUUGAGAUACAUGUUUAAUUUGUUCCGUGACUACUCUCGUAACUCAAAACUAUUUUAUGUCAAAUCAUCGUUGCCGUCGAAAUGACUGGAAAUGACAUAAAAUGGUUCCAGCUUCCCUCCCAAAAACAGCAAAGACUAGUGUGCUUGAUCAUUUUGAGCUUUAUUAAAAUAGAUAGCAACUCAUCCUGAUGUACAUGACUUGGCCACUGGGUGGCAGUGCAUUUCAGCCACACGGACAAACGAAGAGUCUGGAAGUGAUUCAGCAUUAAACUAGCGGAAGUAGUGCAGUUGUUUCAAAUGGACAAUGUGUAAUUCUCUUAGUUUGAUGUUUAGCUUGACAGCCGGUGCGAAUUGCGUUCACCGUCACCGAAUGACUUCCUGUAUCGCAAAAGUUGUACGUCGUGCCGUGUGUAUCUCAAGGCGCCACUGCGUCCCCGAUUUAGUUGUUUAACAUUGCGACUUCUUGUUACUCGCCGACUUUGACAUUUCUUUGCCUUGUCACAAUUUUUUUCUGCCCCACCACCCACACCCCCAACACUCUAGCGAUCAUCAAUACACUGAGAGACUUCAUUGCAAACUAUGUUUGUGCCUAAAUGGUUUGUCAGUCCACGUGCGGAUGCCGGGUGAGUGUGUCCAAAGAGACAUUUGGACAAUUACAUUCGUUGAAAGACGGUGUAGAUUUUUUAAGGGGGCGAUUGAAGAGGGGGGAGUCUUUUGGGUAAAAAAUGAUCAAUCAAGAGGAAAGCCAUGAUUGCCUUUGCUACCUCAGCCUCAUUCGGACACACGUUUGUUGCGACUCACUGUAUCCGCAGACACUGCAUUGAGGAUAGCACGUUGUUAUUUUUUGUUUGUUUUGGAGAGAUUCAAGUCACUGUUACUGUAACCACAGUUUGGUCCUGCUGAAGCGUGUGCGUUCUUCCUUUGGUUUUGUGGCGCUAUUAAUGUUACGGUGUGUCAUGUACGACUUGUGAGACAAACACUACUAUAAUCUCCUCCCUCCCGUUUGCAGAUUGUAGUUCCAUAUGGGUGAUUAUUUUACCAGAUACUUUACAAUGGCAAAACUGUGGUUAAAACCCCCCACCCGACCCCUUUCCUGGUAUGUAAAAUAGAUGGACCACACUAUGUGUAAAAUGGCAACAUUGUUUUAUUUCCAAAUAAAAAUUUUAUAACAA